AUGGAAGGUGGCAGUGAGGAGGGUAGACGUGAUCACAGUCGGUGUCUGGUCGGGAAAUUCGUGACGAAGAAGGGGAAUCGACCAGUGACCAUAGACAAUGAGCUAAAAGAAAAUCUCAAGAGAAGGUGGAAGUUUUGUUCGAGAGGCUUUGAUGUGUACCCAUUGGACAAGGGUUUGAUUAUGGUUGAGUUCUUGCUGAAAAAAGACAUGAAGAGCGUUGCAAACAUAGGAAUAUGGACAGCGAAAGGCACAGUUCUACUGGUCAAGGAAUGGCCGACCGUAGGCUCUGUGGCUGAGAUCGACUUCUCCAUGUUUACCUUGUGGGUUAGGGUAAAAGGCUUGCCCUUAUCACGAUACACACAAGGAGAAGCUCGACGCAUUGGCAAAAGGCUUAGUAGUAAGCCACUUAAGGGAAUAAUAAUUGAUCCCUCGAAAAGACGGUUCCUUGUCUGUGCGGAGAUUGAUAUUGGAAAGCCUUUAGUUCCUGGCUAUUUCAUAGACAAACAUCAACGCAAGCCAAUCUUCAUCCAGUUCAAGUACAGAUACGCUGGGCCGUUCUGUCAAUGUUGUGGUAUGGUUGGCCAUACGAUAUGUCCGAAACCUCUCAAAGAAAGUCCUCUAACUCGUAACAUCAAGAGGCCCAUGUAUGGUAUAUGGAUGAACGAUUUGAUUUCCCAAGCGGCUGAUGCGAGAUUAGAAAUAGAGUUCCCAGAGAAACUGGUGGAAGAUUGGACGGAGCUGGAGGAGACCGUCCCUUACCCACAGUUCUUCAUAAACCUUGAUGUUGCUUAUGUUUGUGCAAGUGAUCAUGAGUGGCGCGGGAAGAGAUUGUAUCGAUAUAACUUGGAGGAACUUGUUGAACACGGUUUCCGAUUCCCAACAGCCUUUCUCACAACCGCACUAGAAUCCAGCGAUGACCCUUGCAAGGUUUUGGCGCGUGAGAUGGAUGAGAACGUCCCACUGGUUGGGUUAACAUUUGAGGACAAGGUGGAGAUUGCUAGCAAGUUUAUAGAUUACACAAUGAAAAGCAAGGAGGUCUGGUCAAGACGUAGAUGGGUUCAAGUCAAAGUUUCCGUGAUCAAAACAACCAAGAUGGUAUCAUGCGUUGAUUUCCAGAUAAUGCUUCAAGAAAGCAAAGACAAGGAAUAUCAUCGUCAGCUUGACCAGGGGAUAAGAAAGAUGAUCGAGAGACGUGUUGAAAACAACGACAACAUAGUCUCGAUGGAGCUGUGGAGGAGUUGCAUUAAAGAUGUGGUUGGGGAAAACCAGUUAAUGCCUUUCAAUCUAGAAAAGAGAUGCAUAGAUGCUAGAAAAGAGGCGAUUGAGUAUGGCAUCUCCUUAUGUAACGGCUUGAAACGAGCUUCCGCGACGGAGGUUGAUAAGCUUGAUAAGAAAAAGGUAAGUGGGGAUGAGAUGGAUGAGUUAGAGCCGUGUGCAAUCUGUGAAGAGGGAAUGUUCCUUGGGGAGGAAGCAACUCGUAUGCCUUGCUCUCAUGUCUUCCAUGCUGCAUGCAUCGAAUCCUGGCUUGAGGUCAACUCUAUUUGUCCGCUCUGCCGUCACAAACCGCUUUGCCGUCACAAACCCACAAAACAAGAAAAGCCUUGUCCACGUUACCUUAUGAAAUACCGCCUCCUCAAACAGCGUUAUCUUUAA